AUGGUGAACUUCUGCGAGCUGUGUGGCGGAGAAGCCGAUCUUCACUGUGCAGCCGACUCAGCUUUCCUCUGUAUCUCCUGCGACGGAAAAUUCCACGCCUCUAAUUUCCUCUUCUCCCGCCAUCUCCGCCGUAUCAUCUGCCCUGAUUGCAAAUCCCUUACCGGAGAUUUCGUCUCCGGUCCUCUUCCUCCUUGGCCUCCGACAACAACAACCUGCUGCUCUAGAUCCUGUUCUUCUUCCUCCGCUUCGUCUUGCUGCUCGUCUCUGGAUCGUGUCUCAAGCUCCGAUCUAAGGAAGAAGAAGAAGACGACGCGUCUUGUCGUGAACAGAGAACGAGGGAGAGAGAGAGGAGUGAAAGCCGUCGCGGAUGGCAUUUUUGUAAAUUGGUGCGAUCAAUUAGGACUAAACGGGGAUUUGAUAAACGGCGUCGUUUCGUUGGCAUCUCUCGCUUUAGCCGUGGAGUUUAAGCCGAGGGAGACGACGAAGAAGGUGGUUUUAGCUGCGGCGUUUUGGUUCGGUGUUAAGAGGAGUUCGAAGAAGAAGACGAUGAUGACGUGGCCGAGUUUAAAGAAAGUGGAAGAUGUAACCGGAGUUGCAUCUGGAUUGAUACGAGCCGUUGAGAGCAAACUGGCGCGUGCAAUGACGAUGCAUCUUAGACGGUGGCGCGUGGACUCUGAGGAAGGAUGGGCCGAAAACGACAACGUUUGA